AUGCUGGAUCCUCUUCCUCCUCCUCGUCAUCGUCUGUUGGAACAGCUGGGGGUGAAAGGGCCUUGGGCUCUGAUGCCCAGACGGGUCCCUCAGCUUCGGCUGCUGGAGCUCUGGAUUCAAAGAAGAAGGAGAGGUCUUCCCCCAGUGGGGAACCUGGAGGAGCCUCUUUCCCCCACCAGUCAGGUCCUGGUGGGGCAGAUCAGGACUCAGCUGAAGUCCGUAGAACGAGUGGAGUACCGCGAGAUGGACGAAAGCCUGGCCAACCUCUCCGAGGACGAGUACUAUUCUGAGGAGGAGAGGAACGCCAAAGCAGAGAAAGAGAGGAAGCAGGUCAUCCCUCCUCCACCUCCACCCCCUGAGGAGGAGAACGACAGCGAGCCCGAAGAACCAUCGGGUUUAGAAGGAGCUGCUUUCCAGAGCCGUCUUCCUCAUGACCGAAUGACCUCCCAAGAGGCUGCCUGCUUCCCUGACAUUAUCAGCGGUCCCCAGCAGACUCAGAAAGUUUUCCUCUACAUCCGCAACCGUACAAUCCAACUGUGGCUGGACAACCCUAAAAUUCAACUGACCUUUGAGACCACAGCGCAGCAGCUAGAAGCUCCAUACAACAGCGAUGCUGUGUUGGUCCACAGGAUACACAGCUACUUAGAAAGGCACGGCCUCAUUAACUUUGGUAUUUACAAGAGAGUCAAGCCUUUACCCACUAAGAAGACUGGGAAGGUUAUAGUCAUUGGUGGGGGUGUGUCUGGUCUAGCUGCGGCCAGGCAGCUGCAGAGCUUUGGGAUGGAUGUGACGGUGCUAGAAGCCAGGGAUCGUGUCGGAGGCAGAGUGGCAACAUUCAGGAAGGGCAAUUAUGUUGCAGAUCUGGGAGCCAUGGUUGUUACAGGGCUGGGAGGGAAUCCUAUGGCUGUGAUCAGCAAACAGGUCAAUAUGGAGCUGGCCAAGAUCAAACAGAAGUGUCCUCUGUAUGAAGCCAAUGGCCAGGCUGGUGAACGGUGCACAAGUGUCCCAAAAGAAAAAGAUGAGAUGGUGGAGCAAGAGUUCAACAGACUGCUGGAGGCCACGUCCUACCUGAGCCACCAGCUGGACUUCAACUUCCUCAACAAUAAACCUGUUUCUCUGGGACAGGCCCUGGAGGUGGUCAUCCAGCUGCAAGAGAAGCACGUAAAAGACGAGCAGAUUGAGCACUGGAAAAAGAUUGUGAAGACUCAGGAGGAGCUCAGGGACCUGCUCAACAAGAUGGUGUCCACCAAGGAGCGUGUCAAAGAGCUCCAUCAGCAGUACAAAGAAGCGAGUGAUGUCAAGCCGCCCAGAGACAUCACAGCCGAGUUCCUAGUGAAGAGCAAGCACCGGGACCUCACCGCGCUCUGCAAGGAGUAUGAUGAGCUGGUGGAGAUGCAGGUGAAGCUUGAGGAAAAACUCCAGGAGCUUGAGGCCAAUCCCCCCAGUGAUGUUUACCUCUCAUCGAGGGAUCGGCAGAUCCUUGACUGGCACUUUGCCAACUUGGAGUUUGCCAACGCUACACCCCUCUCCACUCUGUCUCUGAAGCACUGGGAUCAGGAUGACGAUUUCGAGUUCACUGGCAGCCACCUGACGGUGAGAAAUGGCUACUCCUGCGUCCCUGUGGCCCUGGCGGAGGGUUUGGACAUCAAACUAAACACAGCAGUGCGGCAGGUCCGAUAUACGGCAUCUGGCUGUGAGGUGAUAGCCGUCAACACCCGCUCCACUACUCAAACCUUUAUCUACAAGUGUGACGCCGUGCUGUGCACGCUGCCCCUCGGUGUGUUAAAGCAGCAGCCCUCCGCAGUCCAGUUCGUCCCCCCUUUGCCAGAGUGGAAGACUUCAGCCAUACAGAGGAUGGGCUUUGGAAACCUCAACAAGGUGGUGCUGUGUUUUGACCGUGUGUUCUGGGAUCCAAGCGUGAACCUUUUCGGUCACGUCGGCUCCACAACUGCAAGCCGGGGCGAACUCUUCCUCUUCUGGAAUCUCUAUAAAGCCCCGAUCCUGCUCGCUCUGAUGGCUGGAGAGGCCGCUGGCAUCAUGGAGAACAUCAGUGACGAUGUCAUUGUCGGACGCUGCCUGGCUAUACUCAAAGGAAUAUUCGGAAGUAGCGCUGUCCCUCAGCCGAAGGAAACUGUGGUCACCCGUUGGCGUGCCGACCCCUGGGCGAGGGGCUCCUACUCCUACGUGGCGGCGGGGUCUUCGGGCAACGACUACGACCUGAUGGCGCAGCCCAUCACGCCCGGCCCCGCUAUACCCGGAGCCUCGCAGCCUGUUCCCCGUCUUUUCUUCGCCGGCGAGCACACCAUCAGAAAUUAUCCGGCCACAGUGCACGGCGCCCUGCUCAGCGGCCUCCGAGAGGCCGGGCGCAUAGCGGAUCAGUUCCUGGGUGCCAUGUACACCCUCCCCAGACAGGCCACGCCCACUGCCACCACCAACCCUCAGCAGGCUCCGCCCACCGCCAGCGCCUGACCCGGCCUCUCUUGUACAGCAGCUGUAAAUGUAGGGGGUCCCCCUGAAACCCGUAACGUUUGUUUGUGAACGGACUCGGAAGUCCCAGAUAUAACUUUGUAUUUUUGCCUUCAGACUACAAUAAUGACGCAGUUGACUUUCUUCAUCGGGGGCAUUUGAGCUGGUGUGCCAAGUAAAGUCUGAGUGUGUACGAACAGUAUGGGCAGCCAUUUCACUUUUAAAGAUGGACGCAGCCCAGCACAGAGACCGGGCUUCCCAUCCAGCUGCAAGGAAUCAAUUCCAUGUUAUCUCAUCUCAAAGUAAUAUAGUAAUACAUUGUGAAUUAUAAAUGUGUGAUUCCACUGUUUAGAAAAGCAUGGGUUUACUUUUCGUAGUCGGAGCAACUCGAUGUCUUUCAUCUCGCGUGGACUCUGCCAUUCAUGAGCUCUUAACUAAGUUAAGGAAAGAUGAAACUUUCUUUGCUAAAUUAACACAAGCUGAAAACCUUAUAUUUUACACGUCAGCGAGCAACACGGCAGCACUCCCUCCAUUUAGACCGAUUGUGUUUUGAAAGACUUGUCCCCCAAGUGUAACACUAGAGGUCUGUCUUGGUUCUCCAAAGCUGAUGAGAUUUCCCUAUACUGUAGCUUUAUGCUUGGUACAUUUGUUUUCUAUCAUUUAGGCAACAGUGUAGUGAGAUUUUUUUUUUUUUUUUUUAACAUAGAACUAAGAAAACUGGUUACGUCUAAAGAAUUGUGAAUGUUUUUGUUGCUAUUGCAAGUUUCAGUAGUGUUUUGCCUGUCUUAUUUUUUAUUUUAUUUUGUCAGAUGGUUUGAUAUUAAAAGAAGACCAAAAUCUUGGA